AGAGACCUCGUUAAAGUCUUUGUUUCCUCCUUUCAUACAUUUGAUGUGUGUAGUUCGGAAGAUGAUGUUCUCCUCCUUUUGGGGGCUCUCUGAACCAAAAUCUAUCUCUAAAUUCUCACUUUCCUUUUCCCACUUCUUCCAUUAACUCUACCACGUUCCCCUUUCACUUCAUUUACCAUUUUCCCAUUUCUGGUAUUCCACUUUCUCAUAAACUCUUAUGGAUAAUUUGGGGCUUUAGAUCCAUCCGCAAUUCCAACUUGGUAACUUGUAUCCUUCUCUUUUAGAUUUGUACUAAAUUAAUCUUUCUUUGAUCUGUUGUAUCUUCUAUUUGUUGUUGUUGUAAUUCCUUCUCAGAAAUUUUAUAACUAAAGCUUUAUACUUUGGGGGUAUUAGAUGUGUUUCUGAGAUACCCAUUUAUCUUAUUGCUCAAAUUUCAUCAAUUUCAAUAGAAUUUGGGUGAAUCUAGUUUCUGGGUAUCUAUCUGUGCAUUACAGAGAACUUUAGGAUAGCACUUAGGGUUUGUACAAGGCAUUUUGUUUUAGUUUAAAGGAGUUUACUUUCUGGUUUGCAAUGAGUUAUGGUAGAGAAACAAAUGUAGUUCAAGUAAUCACUGGGAAUGGUGGUGGAGCUGAUAUGUGGUCUGGUGACCAAGCAGUUUGGGCUACUGAGGAUGAGUAUCAAGUUUGGAAUAAUGGUGAUGCAUUGGGGGAUACCAUGUCCAACUCGAAUUAUGAUCAGAGGCAAUCCCAAAGUCGCUCCGGAAGCGAACCUCCCAACAAGAAAUCUAGGAACACCCAAGAUGUGACUUCUUCUAACCGGUCGAAAGCCAUUGGGAAGAUGUUUUUCAAGACCAAGCUUUGUUGCAAGUUUCGAGCUGGAACGUGCCCGUAUGUCACUAAUUGCAACUUUGCGCAUAGCAUUGAAGAGCUUCGGCGGCCACCUCCUAAUUGGCAAGAGAUUGUGGCUGCUCAUGAGGAAGAAAAGGCGGUGUCUUCGGAGCCCAGGGAAGAGUUUCAGAUUCCGAUUGUGACCACAGGUUAUGGUGUGGAGACUCAGAGGUCAUAUAAAGGGAGGCAUUGCAAGAAGUUCUAUACUGAGGAAGGGUGCCCUUAUGGAGAUAAUUGCACUUUUCUUCAUGAUGAGAGUUCGAAGAAUCGGGAGAGUGUGGCAAUAAGUUUAGGCCCCGGAGGCUAUGGUGGUGCUGCAGCUGCUGCUGCUGCUGCGGGUGGAGCAAAUAACAAGCCAUCAAAUUGGAAAACAAGGAUUUGCAAUAAGUGGGAAUUGACAGGAUAUUGCCCAUUUGGAAGCAAAUGCCAUUUUGCUCAUGGUGUUGCAGAAUUACACCGAUAUGGAGGUGGGCUUGUGGACGGAGAAAUUAGAGAUUCUUCAGUCCCUCUUGACAAUAAGCAGGGAGGAGUGCCUUCGAAAACUCCAGCUGAUAAUGUGGUAGUAUCAGUCCCUAUAGUUCCUCAUUCUGAUUUAUAUCAUGGAGUUCCAUCACAGAGAUCAUCGAUAGUAAGUCAGAGGCCAGGGCAGAGAGCCCAUCAGAAAUGGAAGGGGCCAGACAAAAUCAGUAGGAUAUAUGGUGACUGGAUAGAUGAUAUCGAAUAAAAUUUGGGGUGUCCUAGCCUGCAAAUGUUGAAGUUGCACAACGGUCACUUGUACCCUCCGUGGAGUUAGUUAGGAAACUGGACACGUAGUCUCCAUAAGAGAUUACAGGAUCAUGUAGCUGUAACUUUUCUGUUGAAGUAGAUUUUGUAUGCUUGCUUCAAGUUCAGAUUGAUGCAAGGCUUGUUGGAAUCACAGCCCGUAUAUUCCCUCUGUGAAUUUUGUUGUUGCAAAUGUAACUGAAGCUUGUAUCACUUUCCUAGUACCAAUCCUUGUUGCCAUAUAUAUUAUGAGAUGACCAUCAUUAGCUUGUA